UCAGUUUGAAUUCUGCCUUCAAGCGCUCUAGAACAAAUCAGCUGGUGAACUGAACCCGAUCGAAUCGCCUUUUUUUGUUUACUUCUACAUUUUGUUAUCAUAUCAACGAACGCGACUGUUCCUUUUUUACCACGCGCGAUAAUAAAAUCACCGACUACUUUCCUCAGAACUCUUUACUCAGCACCCCAGAAUUCCGAGUUCCCAACCCAUUUCAGAUCUCUGAGUUAACAUGUCCUCCGGCAAGAUCCUUCCACGUCGCCAGGCGGUUCCAGUCCUCUACACCAGGGGCACCCACUAUGAGGUGGGUUUCGAUAUGGGCCGCACUUUUGGCUCGAUGAUCAAGAACUUUCUGAUCUUAUCGAAGCCCCUCAACGAGACCUACUUGCCGCUCUACCAUUCCCCGAAAGGCAGGCAAAUCUACAACGAGACCCUGGGAUCGGUGAAGGACAGCUUCCCGCAGUAUAUUCGCGAACUGGAGGGCGUGGCCGAUGGUGCGGAGGUGGAAUUCCAUAAGCUUUUUCUACUGCAUCUGGAUGAGAUUCUGCCCCAGGCAUUGAAGCACCAGCCGCGCAGCAAAAACCAACCCACCGGCUGCUCCACGAUCAUUGUCAACCAGAAGAAUUGCCGCCUGCUUGGCCACACCGAGGACGCCCUGACGGAGACCCUGAACCACUACUACUUCGUGGUGGCCCACAUCAUCAGCGACAAGCCGCAGGGCAAGUACAACGUGAAGGAGGAGCACUUCAUGUCCCUCUGCUACGCCGGCCACCUGCCCGGCUACACGAUGAGCCAGAACCACCACGGCCUGGUCUUCAGCAUCAACACCAUCAGCGCGGAGCUCCUGCGCAGCGGCAAGACCCCUCGACACUUCAUCACCAGGGCUCUGUUGGCCACCAGCAACGUGGACGACGCCUUCCGGGUGCUCAAGGAUGCGGGAGUGGGAGCGGCGGACGCCUGCUCCGUCAACUUCACCUUCCUGGCGGAUCCCCGCCAGAUGUGCUACAACGUGGAGAUGGCUCCCUCGCCGGAGCGCAAGAACGAGUCCCAUUUGAAUGUGAAGGAGGUGCCGCUGGGCGAGCACAACUACCAUGUCAACCAGUUCGACCGCAUCCGGCAGGACCAGGCCAACGACCUGAUGAUCGACUCGAGCAUCUCGCGGAUGCAGACCUUCGGGAGCUACAAGCCGCCGAUGAGCGAGCAGGAUGUGCGCCACAUGCUGGGCGACGUCUCCGGCGGCGACUUCUGCGUCUGGCGGGAGAACAAGAGCUGCGACGAGGUGGUGAAGACCAUAGCCGUGGGCAUCUUCGACCUGAGUGCCCGGACCAUCUCCCUCUACUCGGACAACCCCAGCGAGACGGAGCCCCACUGCCGGCUGCCGCUGCUCUUCAAGUAGAUCCCAAGUGGCACCUUGGACAUCUCGCGCCUCUACUUAACCCUUCUCAAAUGAGCAUUACGAUCUAUAAUCUAUCAGAUUAUGGUACUUAGCCAUUCUCAAAUGACUAUAUAAUAUAGCAAUAUGAUCAGAUACAGGUAUUGCCAGCUAUUUAGGGCUUCUUCAUAACUGUUUUUGUAUUCCUCAUUUGAGGUUUUCUAAAGAUAAACGUUUCCUAGAUGUACAAUAUUU